AACGUGGUAAGAAAGGAGAAAGAAUUGAAGAAGAAGCACGUGGGUUAGGCAGACAGGUUUUGAUAAAUCCUGUGAGCAGCUACAGCGUAAUGAAAGCAUUACUGUGGGUUUACAGAAAGUAUUUAUCUAGAGAUGAGGCCAUUACUUUGGCAGAGGAGGCUCUGAAAAAACAUCCAGAUGAGGUGGGCUCAAGGUGAGCCACCCCAAAAUAAUGUAACCCAUGUUAUCUGCUGGCAGGAAUUAUGACAGAAAUACCAGAAGUUUUCAUUCAUUGGAAUCAAAAGUCAAGGCUAACAUGCCUUUACUUUCAUUUCCCAGAAAAGGAAACUUAAAAUGCUCAGAACAAACUGGAGUACCGAGGUAGGCCUGCCACUGUGUCCUGUCAAUUAAAGGCAAAAAGGCCCCAAAAAACAUAUUGAAAACAAAAGAAAGCUGUGAUUAAACUGAAUUCUGAUGGUAAUGUUGGUGUGGUGUUAUUGGCUCAAUUACAAAAGCACUACAUGCAUUAAUUAAAGUAACUAUUAUGAAUCUUACAUUGGGAUCACAAUGACACAGCUUCUAAAAAUAAAUUAACUUCAUUAACCCCUCCCUGAAAUCCAUCCAACAAUAUACCCUAUUAUGUAGUAUAAGUUCCUGCAAAUGUCCCGCCUCUGAAAUUCUUUUUGAUGUCAUUAUGAACAUUUCAUGUUCUACCGGUUCAGCAACAUCACAGCAUUUAAAGUGAAGCAGCUAUCGGACAUCACUGACAUUGUGGCAGCGAACGCAGCAUCGAGAGCAAUAAUCAGCCUAACAAACUAAUAUCUACCUACUGAGUGGAGGAAACAGAUAAAUGAUGAGUGCUGCUCAGAGUCAAACACUGGAGUCCAAACUGGAGGCCCUGCAGUGCCACUUCACCUGGGACCUGAACCCUGGCAGGUCCAAACUUUUCCGUGUCAGAGACAAGCUGGAGGACAUCGGCCCCGAGGAGGGAAACAGCUGGCUGGGUCACAUUUACAACCUGCGGGGGUACAUUCAGUACAAGCUGGGGUUCACUGAAGACGCCCAGAGUUUGUUCAACCAGGCUACAGAGGCCCUCCGCCUGACAAGAGGAGCAGAAGAGGGUCGCUGGUUAGUGGUGAACUACGGGAACCUGGCUUGGCUGCACCACCACCUGGGAAAACAAGAAGAGAGUCAGGCGUACCUGUCAAAGGUCGACGCCCUGAUGAAAAAAUAUCCAUCUCCAUCCCAGGACGAGCUCCAUCCAGAGAUCUACGCUGAAAAAGCCUGGACCCUGAUGAAGUUCAGCACAGACCAAAAGCUGCUGGCUGCAGAUUACUUUGAGAGAGCCAUCAGGAUGCAGCCGGACAUGGUGGAGUGGAACACCAGCCGUGUCUUAGCAUUAGAGAGUGCUUCUUACAACGAAGGGCCUGAGGCUGACAUCUUGCAGAAAUUGAGAAUUGCCAAGGAACAGGAUCCAGAGAACUUUUACCUCGCUGCUAAAUACCUCGAAGAACGUGGUAAGAAAGGAGAAAGUAUUGAAGAUGAAGCACGUGAGUUAGGCAGACAGGUUUUGAGGAAUCCUGUGAGCAGCUACAGCGGUAUGAAAGCAUUACUGUGGGUUUACAGAAAGUAUUUAUCCAUAGAUGAGGCCAUUACUUUGGCAGAGGAGGCUCUGAAACAACAUCCAGAUGUACGUUAUCUGAAGAGCUGUGUUGCACUCUGCUACAAAUGGAAGAUAAUUCUUUCCAGGGAUAGUCGCCCAAAUAAAAAUAUGAUAGAGAGAGCAAUCAGUCUCCAUGAGGAGGUGAUUUCUCUUUACCCUCAGUCUUCUCUUGUGAAGAAAAUAGACCUCGCAAAGAUGUACAUAAACUCAAAGUACAGCCAGGCUAAAGCUGACCAGAUAUUCCAGGAACUGCUAGAAAGUGAUCUGGAACCUGCAGACAAACAGAUGCUUUACACCAACUACGCAUACCAUUUAUUCUAUCAUCUAAACGACAGCGACAGGGCAACACAGUACCACAUGAGGGCAGCAGAGAUACCACAUGAGUCCUCCUUUCGUGAGAGAAGCAUCAGAGUUUUGACUCAGAUUAGAGACAGAAAGAAAGACAGAAUGUGCAGAGAAGUAGAGAAGUUUCUGUCAAACCUGCAAAAGCCACAAUGUUUUUAACAGCACUGAUUCUAAACCCAGGAAAAGGAAAAGAAACCUGUAUAUUAAUUUGAAUACCUUAUCCUAGAUAGACCCAAAUAUUGUGUGUAGAUGUGUAGAUUAUUAUACUUUCAUUCUCUGGUACAGUUUGAUCGGUCUUAAUGUUUACCUGGUGGGAAUGAAUGUCUCCAGGGUUACACAUACAAACAAAAAAUCACAUAAACUGUCAUAGGAACGAGCAGAUUGUUUAUUAACACAAUGUUUGCUAAUGCCACUUUCUACCUUGCUGGAGUUAACAUCCACUAUUUAUAUAUUCAAAUGUCAUAAAUAAUCCUGAUUAAUUAACAUAGAUUUUGAUCAAAUGUUCUUUUCUUAACUCUCAUGUAACCAUAGCAUUUACUAUAUUCCUGACGUGUUUGUUUUCUUUAGUAUCAUAUUUUAAGUUUAUAUAAGAACAUAAUACUCUCUAAGGAAUUUCUCUUUGUUGUGAGCUUUGGAAAAUAAAACUCUGAUUGGUGAUGUAAUAGUUAAUUUGAUGCAUAACCUGAAUAUUAUCACAAGACCGAACUGAUCAUAUUCAUAUACAUUAUAUUACGUUGUGUUUGAGUUGUACAAUAAAAUGAAAUAUACAUCAUGUA